AUGGAGAACCAGAACUGCUCCUUCUUCACUGAGAGCCUGGAGGGCUCCGUGGACCAGGAGGACUACCAGAACCAGGCCUUGCUGGCUGAGGCCAGGGACCUGAGGCACCAUCAGGGCAGGCUGGAAACCCGCAUGCAGAUCCUGGGGUACCACAACAAGGAGCUAGAGUCCCAGCUCCACCGGUUCAGGGAGAUUCUACAACAGGACGGCGCUAUUGUAUUGCACAGAUCUCUCCUGUCCAGUUCACACACGCAUUUCCGGUUUACAUCUACAUGCGGUCUCCUGACAUAUUUUUCUUCCUUUGCGCGCCUGCAUCAGGAGUGUGCUGUCAUGGUAAACGUACCGAAGACCCGCAGGACUUACUGCAAGAAAUGUAAGAAACAUCAAACUCACAAAGUUACCCAAUACAAGAAGGGGAAGGAUUCUUUAUAUGCACAGGGCAAAAGGAGAUACGACAGAAAGCAAUCUGGUUAUGGUGGCCAGACCAAGCCUAUUUUCAGGAAGAAGGCUAAAACUACAAAGAAGAUCGUGUUGAGGCUGGAGUGUGUGGAGCCCAACUGUCGGCAAAAGAGAAUGGUGCCCAUCAAGAGAUGCAAACACUUUGAACUGGGAGGAGACAAGAAGAGAAAGGGCCAGGUCAUCCAGUUUUAAGUGUUGCCUUUUCUUGGGUCACUUGUCAAUAAAAUGUGUGUUCUAACUGUA